UUGCAGCUGGACACAACAUCUUUAGUGUGAGUUUGUAAAGGCUUCAGUCGUUUGUCUGGAUUAUGGGGUGUUCUUCAUCAUUGCACAACAAAGAGCUUGUUUCCAAAGUCAAUAUUUCGAACAAUCUUAGCGAUGCUCAAAAGGUGGCCGUCCAGAAAACAUGGAAAUCGGUCGAAGAAAAUCGGACGAAGAUUGGAAAACAGACAUGGAUAAGGGUCUUCGAGUUAAAUCCUCAGAUAAAGAGGAUGAUGCCAGAGUUUAACACAAAUGAUCCGGUGGAAGAGCUAAAAUCAGCACCAGCUUUAUUUGGACACAGUAAAACUUACAUGAAAUGUCUUGAAAAUGCCGUCACUUCCAUGGACGACAAUGAACGCUUUGUUACUUAUCUUGUUGAACUUGGCCGACGACAUCAGGUUCGACCUCUCAAAGCCCAUUACUUGGAUUUGAUACAUGAGGCGCUCAUGUUUUCUUUAAAUGAGAUUUUCCAGUCGGAAUGGACAUCUGAUACAUUUGAAGCCUGGGAUGCAUUAUCUAAAUUCAUGUUCAAGGCGAUGUUAACUGGCCUGAAUGAUACAUAAUUACAACUACGCUUACAAGUCCUCCACUCGAAAGAUAUGUCCUUCCAGAUAAAAUUUUGGAUCCCAAAUUGUCCUUAUUAUUUUUAUCCGUGGGUAUCCAUUCUACUCUUGGUGGUAGAGAGAGGUACUGUGUAGCGGAAGUAAGCUACCUACUCUUAGGGGUAGGGAGAGGUACUGUGUAACGGAAGUAAGCUGCCUACUCUUGGUAGUAGGGAGAGAUACUGUGUAGCGGAAGUAAGCUACCUACUCUUAGGGGUAGGGAGAGGUACUGUGUAACGGAAGUAAGCUGCCUACUCUUGGUGGUAGGGAGAGGUACUGUGUAGCGGAAGUAAGCUGCCUACUCUUAGGGGUAGGGAGAGGUACUGUGUAGUGGAAGUAAGCUGCCUACUCUUUGGGGUAGGGAGAGGUACUGUCGAACGGAAGUAAGCUGUCUAAUAACACAACCCAAGGAUACCGUCCUGAGUUCCAGUCCAGACACUCAAUCCUCAUACCAACAAGCUAGGAAACCAAUCAUCAUUUAUCGCCAGGGGAGGGGGGAGGGGAUACGAAGAACUUUUUGGGGGGUCACACGUUUUUCAGAGGGAACGGAGGAGCAUCAGUAGUCGAUACAGAGUAUAAAUGGAGGACUUAAGAAAAUUGACUGCCAAGUAACAGCCAAAGAAGGGGCAUGAUAAUAUUGUUACAGAGCCUUAUAGGGGGAUCAGGUAAAUUUAAUCAUGACACAACUAAAAUCACCAGCACUCCCUACCCCCGGGGAUAAAUAAUGACUAGUCCCCAAACACGAUCAUGUUUCGUACUUUUUUUUUUUUUUUGAAAAUACAUUUAUGAUCAUUCAUGAGUUGAAAGACUCAGCUCGCCGCUUUCUCCCCGCAAUACUGAAUUAUCAUGAAACGAAAGGCAACUUGUUGGCGACACCACACGAAAAUGUCUGCCCCUGAAUAAGCUUCGCUGAAGUUAGAUUUAAAAUAACUACUAUGAUAAUUUUUUUAUAUGAAAUUUGAUCUUGUGUUUGGGAAAGUUUUAUUUAGUCUUUGAUGUUUAUUACCAGUUCUUUUCUAAACUCAAUAUUGUUUAGGAACUUAUUUAUUUAGAUAACCGUUGCCUCACCAUUCUUAUUUUUAAAACUUUAAUGACAAGCGAUUUUUUAGUUGAUUUAGAUACGUUCUUAAACAAAACCAAUUUAUUCUAAAGAUGGUAUUUUCCUUUUGUAAAUAAAGUUACUUGCAACUUC